AUGAAGAAGUUUAUGCGCACACGGCCGCCACCAACUCCUGCGCAUCCAGCCCAAAACUCAAAUGGACUUUCCAAAGGAGGGGGUGUGCGGCACGAACGCGAUGGCCAUCACUCUACUAUGUCCAGAUAUUGGAGUGGAUCCGAUGAGGACCGUGUGCCACCAGGUCCGCUAUGGGAAGACCCGGAUUUCGGGUUGCAACUCCCAGAACGACGGCGCGCCACUCACAACGUUGUAUGGCUGCGACCACAUGAGCUAUGUCUACGGCCCCGAUUCCUGGGUGACACCAGUGUAGAUGCCCCGCACCAGGAAGAAACCGAACAGGCUGUCCAAAUUGAGACUGAACCACCGGAUCAAUUCGCUGCAAGAUGGUGCGUGGAGGUUGGUGAGGUGGGCUGCAGUGCCUUAUGCAGCGCAGCAGCAGCACUGGCCCUGACUCCGCGUCUCCUAGCUCGCGUAGCACCACCACAGAGUUUCCGCAAUGGCUAUACCGGUCGGUUCCGCUUUCAAUUCUGGGUUUUCGGCUCAUGGCGCGAAGUGUGUAUCGAUGAUAGAUUACCUGCGCGUGCGACGCGUACUCCCCACAACGCCCGCUUACUGGUCAGCCGGAGUGGCCUUGCUGAUGACUUUACGUUGCCGCUACUCGAGAAAGCAUAUGCAAAACUCCACGGCUCUUACGGCGCGUUGGCCGGCGCAAGCGCAAGUGUGGCGCGGGCGCUGCAAGAGCUCACUGGAGGCGUGGUGCAGAGCUUCUCGCCGCCGAGGCAACCCCCUCGACUGCUGCUGCAAGUUUUACACUCAGCUUUACCUCGGUCUACGAUAAUCAUAGCUACGACCACGCAGGAAAAAGAGAGUGUAGGUCGUCGCUUGCGCAACGGCCUCAUAGCUGGUCAAGCGUAUUGCGUGACUGGUCUGGCUCGUGUACGCGAAGAGAGCAACACGGAGGCUGGUGGCGCCCUGGUGCGUCUUCGAGCGCCGAGCGGACGAGGCGAAUGGGCCGGCGCAUGGGCGCGCGGUAGUGCACAGUGGCGCGCUCUUGCUGCUGCUGAUCGCGACCUGCUGGAAAGUCGCGCUACACAACCUGGUCACUUUUGGAUGUCCUUUGCGGAUUUCGCGCGCGCCUUCGGCCGCCUAGAGCUAGUCCACGUCGGGCCGGACGACUGGUUGCGUGAACCAUCGCUUCAGAGCAAGCGAGCGUGGCGCGCAGUGGUGGCUCGACGGCGCUGGCGGCCCGGAUACAACGCGGGCGGACCACCAUCAGCGCCCACCGCGCACGCGAACCCGCAGUUCCAGCUGCAAGUACCACGCGGCGAACCGGACGAAUGCCACGUCGUUGUGUCCGUGAUGCAGCAGUACACUGUGGGCGCGCGACCGACGCGGUUACACGCGAUUGGAUUUGCUCUUUACGAGCUGCCGCCGUCAGCGCCCCCUGCCAGGCCACAUCUUGCGCAUGGCUUCGCGGAGCUGCGUCCGUUGGACGUGACGCACGAGUGUGCAGCUCGUGAAGUGGCUACGUUCUUCACUGUUCCGUCGGGGAGAUAUCUUCUGGUGCCGCACACCCGUUUGCCGCAUACAUCAGCUGCUUUUCUGCUGCGCAUCCUGACCGAUAGGCACACGGAUGUCUGGGAGGUGAAUGAAGACAACGCAAUAAUUCGUGACAUAGCCGCCGAGUUUGAGCAGGAAGGCUGGCCUGUACCGAAAGACAUGCAGUCUAUUGUGAAUAAGUUGUUAAGAAAACAGGAAACAGAAGAGGUAGAAGGCGAGGCGGUAGCAGAAGGCCUGCGCUGUUGGCGAGGUCGACCGUCUGUAGAGUUGUGCCGAGCGCUCAUCGCCUUACGAGACCCUGGGCUUACUGGACGCGUGUCUAUAAAUCAGCUACCGCCGUUACUAGCCUUGCUAGCAUGCUGGCGUGCUGCUGUAGCUGGUACCAGAUGCGGAAGACGAGUGAGCACAUACCGGUUGCGCGCCCUGCUGUGGGGCUGUGGUUUGACGGCUUCAAACAAGGUACUGGAAUGCUUGGUGCUGCGGUACGCGCGUGGUACGACGUUGGCGCCAGAGGACUGUCUUCUGGCACUUGCUAGACUGCAUCUAGCUCAUGAGCGCUAUCGAUGUCUGGAUGCGAAACUAAAAACGAAUCCUCUCUCCUUGGAAGAGAUGAUCUUGAUGACAAUUUACUCGUGA